CAGAGCAGGUCACGUGAUGCAUAUGCCGCGUUUCUAAACGCAAACAAUUCCUGCUGCAAUUAGCUAGCUGGCUGACUGUCUUAAGUUUAAAUUGUACUGUCUAUCAGUUUACUUAAACUGGGAUGGAAGUGGAAACAGCAAGACCGUAUUUUUUUGGUGACAUCGGUUUCUGGGCCGAGAGAACGGAGGUUCACAAGGCUGCGUAUGAGGGUGAGGUGUCGGUGCUGCAGGAUUUGAUUUCGAGCGGAGCAUCAGUAAAUAUCGUGGCUGUGGACUCCAUCACUCCUCUUCAUGAAGCAGCUGCUCGCGGACAGACGCAGUGUGUGAGACUUCUGCUGGAUGCAGGAGCUCAGGUUGAUGCAAGGAACGUGGAUGGCAGCACUCCGCUGUGUGAAGCCUGCUCCAUCGGGAACUUUGAGUGUGUGAGGCUGCUUCUGGAUUAUGGAGCAAAAGUCAACCCAACCCUCACCUCGCGGACCACUUCACCUCUUCAUGAGGCCUGCAUGGGAGGUAAUGCAGACUGUGUGAGGUUAGUGAUUGCUAAAGGUGCCAGUCUCGAGGCGUAUGACCUUUACCAUGGUACUCCUCUACAUGUGGCAUGCGCCAACCGACGACUCGAAUGUGUCAAGGUGCUAUUAAAUGCAGGUGUGCACGUCAAUGCCACUAGGCUCCAUGAGACGCCCUUACAUCACGCCGCCAGGACCAACAAUGUGAACAUGAUUGAGAUGCUGGUGGAAUUUGGUGCCAAUAUUUACGCCCGAGACAAAUAUGACAGGAAGCCAGUGGACUACACGAGGCCAAACACACCCUCAGCGCACUGCCUUCAGCUCUAUGAGAGUUCUCCUCUUUCUCUGCAGCAGAUCUGCCGUAUUACUCUGAGGACCGUCCUGGGCACCAAUGCUGAAGAUGUGGUGGGAAAACUGGAUAUUCCCAACCGUAUUAUCAGUUACCUCUUAUACCGAUGAAGCUCAAGGUGUGCAGACACUGUGGAAAACUUUUUUUUUUUUUACCUCAAAUGCACAAAAAACUUGGUAUUUCUCAAACAAAUAUUACUUAUAUUAGCACUUAAGCAUCAUAGGAGGCAUAUACAACUUGAUUUUGUGUGGGAAAAAAAAAUCUUGGGAGUUUUGUAUGGUGCUGCUUUAGACAUGAACUGCACACUUCACCUUAUGUUUGCUCACAAAAAAUGCUGUCAUUAUUAACCGUUAACUGUAAGCGUUUCAUGUGAUACUAAACACCUAUAAGCUAAUUUUGUGUGCAAUAUUGACAAAAAUGUAUUUAUUUAUUAUUCUCAAUUGAGUGUUUUAGGCCUGUUUUAGGCCUCUAAUGCAGUUAAAGACAAAAUGAUUAGCAUUCCUUCGAAAUUUUGAUUCUUUUAGAUAUUUUCUAAGUGAUGUUUAACACAGCAAGAACUUAGUUCAUUAGUGGCAUAAAAUCAAGCCAUCAGUCAUGUGAAGGUCUUUGAAAUGGCCAAAAAUGAUUCAAAUAAAAUAAAUUGCAUAAUAAUAUUAGUUUAUUUAAUACUUGGUUUCUCAAUAAACAAAUAUAUAUAUAUAUAUAAGAGAAUAUAUUAUUAUACUAUUUUACUGUUUCACUGUAAUUCCUAUUAUGUUUCUCUUCUAUAGAAAGUCCUAUUUCUUUAAGUUUUCCUGAAUACAUUUUAACAAAUGGCAAGCAGAAUAGGAUCAGUGCUCGAAAAAUAAACUUUUUGAAAUUCAACCUGAAA